AUGGACCUGUACAUCAUGACUAUAAUCAUGAUUAUGAGUAGUAGGAUCAGCAGUUUUAACAGUGGUGGUGUUAGUGGUGAUGAAGGUGGCAGUAGCAUUCCCAGAACUUGUGACAUAUCAGGAGCUGCCGCCGGAGUGGAAAUCAUUUCUCCCUCAGCAAACGAUGGAAGUAGGAUUAUAUGUUACACGCAGGGAGAUGCAAUUUCCUCGUGUCAAUCAAGAAUUUAUCUUGCUGUGAAAUCUGGCUCCAAUCCAAAAAUAGAUGUUGAAACAAAAAGUGAAUUGAAAAGCCACAUAACCAUUGGACCAGUAACCAAGUCAACGGUCCUCCCCGGAAUUUCUACAAUGUUUUCGACAGAUGUAACAAUAAAUGGAACAAUGAACAGUACAAAAUUACAAUAUUUUUGUGUUCAUGCUUCAGUUGGUCUUGAGAGGCAAUUGCAUAACACGAUAAAUUUUGAUGAUAUUUGUAUCGAGUAG